AUGGUCAACUCGUGUUGUGGCUCUGUCUGCUCUGAGCAGAGCUGUGAAGAGAGCUGCUGCCGGCCCUCUUGCUGUGUGUCCAGCUGCUGCCGGCCUCAGUGUGGCCAGUCUGUGUGCUGCCAGCCCACCUGCUGCCGCCCCAGCUGCUGUGUGUCCAGCUGCUGCAGGCCUCAGUGCUGCCAAUCUGUGUGCUGCCGUCCCAGCUGUUGUGUGUCCAGCUGCUGCCGCCCCAGCUGCUGUGGAUCCAGUUGCUGUGGUGGCUCCAGCUGCUGCCGCCCCAGUUGCUGCAUCUCUAGUUGUUGCCGCCCCUCUUGCUGCAUCUCCAGUUGCUGCCGCCCCACCUGUUGCCGCCCCUCUUGCUGUGGCUCCAGCUGCUGUGGCUCUCCCUGUAGUGGCUCCAGCUGCUGCCGCCCAUCCUGCUGCAUUUCCAGCUGCUGCCGCCCAUCCUGCUGCAUUUCCAGCUGCUGCCGCCCAUCCUGCUGUGGCUCCAGCUGCUGUGGCUCUCCCUGCGGUGGCUCUAGCUGCUGCAGACCCACCUGCUGCAUCUCUUCUAGCUGCUGUCGUCCCAUCUGCUGCCAGACCACCUGCUGCCGCCCUACCUGCUCCAGUGCCUCUUGCUGCUGA